CAUUUCUUACGUACUAAUGUCUCUUGACAAUUAUGGCAGUAAAUCCGGCAAACCCUCCACGACCUGCUCUUCAAGCAACAGAUAAAAAUACUUUCGCAUAUAUUACCGCAAAAAAACGAUGGCCUGAAAUUUUAGAAAAAGUUAUUGAUGAUAUAUAUAAAACUAUUAAUUCACUUGGCCCUUUGGAAGUUGAUAAAAUUCAAGAAGGAAAAAGAAUUGCGGAUUCCCUAACAGAACUUAAAUACCAAAUACAGCAAAAAAAACCAUUGAUCCCAAUUGAAGCUAGUGAAGCGCCAGAUAUCGACACAUACAACUAUGUUUUAAAUACUUAUUUCAAUGGUGAAGACUGGUACUCUGCAACUUGGUUAUUUGCAGAAUGCUACUUAUACCGUAUAAUUCAUUCAACGCUUGCAGAAACCAAACAAUGGCGCAGCUAUGAUCCUUAUUUUCGUCAAAAAGAAGAUUCUUUCAGAGCCUCCUUUGCUACAAUUAUCGAAAUUGCUAAACGCAUUGAUGAAUUAAUUUCUGCUCCAAAAGUGAACGCAGAUAACAGAGACAUAGAGACCGAUGAAAUAAUCUUCCAUGAACUUGCACAAAUAUCACUUUGGGGAAAUGCAACAGAUUUAUCUAUGUUGACUAAUUUUAGUUUUGAUGAAGUUAAGAAAUUGCAAAGUGCCGGAACAAAACGUAUGGAGGAAUCAGAGAAAAAUAUUUUGGUGAAUGAUUUGGCGAAAGUAUGGGAAUGGAUCUUAAAAUGCCGUUAUGCUAGGAUGGACCUCAUUCUAGAUAAUGCUGGAUUUGAACUCUACGGAGAUUUAGUUUUUGCAGAUUGGCUAAUCCAAUCCGGUUAUGCACGAGAGAUCCACUUACAUGCCAAACCAAUUCCAUGGUUUGUUUCAGACACAACGCGGUAUGAUUUCGACUGGCUCUUCCAAACACUUCAAAGUGAUGAUUUCUUUUCAUUCGCCUCUGAACUAGAAAAAUUGUCUCUCAAAAAGCUUGCUAGUCGUUGGCAAUCUUACAUUGUAAAUUUCCAAUGGAUCUUUACUGAGGACUAUUUCUGGACAUCACCGUAUUCAUAUUGGCACCUAGCAGAGCAGGCACCAGACUUAUAUGCUGACUUAUGUAAGUCUCAGCUUGUGAUAUUUAAAGGCGAUUUGAAUUAUAGAAAGUUGGUAUAUGAUUGUAAGUGGGAAACUACUGCGCCUUUUAAAGAAGCCAUCGGGCCGUUGGCAAGUGCGAAAGGCGCACCACCAGUAUUAACUAUGAGAACUGGUAAGUCUGAUCUUUUCGUUGGUCUUGAAAAAGGAGUUGAAGAAAGGUUGAACGCUGUGGAAGAAGGCUGGAUGUAUUCUGGGAAAUAUGCCGUGGUACAAUUUAGCGAAGGAACUUAGUCAAUUUUAUAGGGAGAGAAAUCACUAACUAGUCAUAUCUUAUAUUUUCUUUAUAUAAAAAUUGGAUUAAUAGAUGAUAUAAG